AUGGCUAAUCCAAGUUUUGCUGAAAUAAAAGCAAAAUUUAAUGAAAAAGCUUUAAUGGGAUUGCGUACACCGAAAAUACCUACUAAUGUUAAGUCAUCAGGAGAUUCGUCUAUGUCAGAAAUGUCAGACCAGUUAAAAUCGAAUGGUUCCAAUCAAUCGUUUGAUGAUGAAUAUUCAGUGGUAUCUGAUUCUACUAUUUCAUCAACACAAGCAUCGAAUGAAGUGUCAUCGUCAUAUGGUACAAAGCUGGCUCAUAUUCUUCAACACAAUAUAAACAGUGGUACACCUUUCAAGAAGCCACCAGUACCAUUACCUAGUUCUGCUAUUGGACAUCGAAAUGAAGAUAUACAUUCUGGGACAUCAUCUAUCACUCAGGAUUCUACGAUGUCUCAAGGUUUAAAGAAACCGCCUGUACCAUUACCUAGUUCUGCUACUCGACAUCAAAAUGAUGAUACACAUUCAGAAACAUCAACUGCUUCACAAGAUUCAAUAUCUCAUGGCACUACUAAUUCUACAGGUUUUAAGAAACCACCUGUACCAUUACCUGCUUCUGCUGCUCGACAUCGAAAUGAAGAUAUACAAGAUCCAAUAACACAUCCUAUUAUAUCUCAUGGUGCCACCAAUGCGACAGGUUUUAAGAAACCGCCUGUACCAUUACCUAGCUCUAUUAAUCAAGAUCAAGAUAGAGAAAUAUCAUCAAUGUCACAAGAUUAUGCAGUAUUACAUUCUGUUAUAUCUCCCAAUGCAAGUCAUCUUACUGGUACAAAGAAACCACCUGUACCUUUACCUAGCUCUGUUAAUCAAGAUCAAGAUAGAGAAAUAUCAUCAAUGUCACAAGAUUAUGCAGUAUUACAUUCUGCUAUAUCUCCUAGUGCAAAUCAUGUCACUGGUACAAAGAAACCACCUGUACCUCUACCUGACUUUGCUAGUCGAGCUCAAACUAAUAAUUUACAUUCUGAAUCUGUAUCAUUAGAUAAAAUGUUACCUUCAAAAUGUAUGUUUUUUGAAUUUGAAAAUAUGAUUAAUGAUUAUCAACGAAGAGAUCCUCAAACAAUUCUAUAUCCAAAACUGAAACCAACAAUGCCAAAAAUGACAACAGAUGAUAUUCAUAUUCUUGAAAUAUAUUCAAAUACAUAA